AUGACAGAAGAAGACUCCCAACCACCAGAAGAGCUCUCAGAUGGAGACACCGAAGCCGCAAAGGAGGUUACAAAGGAAGCUACAAAGAUACUCCCCUCAAUAGACAAUGCAAAGAUACUCAAGGGGGAGACAUACACCUACCAUUCCCCAAUCCCCAAAUCUAUCCAGGAAGACUCCGAAGGCGAGGUAAUCCUCGGCGUAGACGAAGCCGGCCGCGGCCCGGUCCUAGGUCCAAUGGUAUACGCCGUAGCAUACUGUCUAAAGAGCGACAACCCCAUGCUACGAGAGCACAAAUUCGAUGACUCCAAAAAACUAACCCACUCCCUCCGAACCCACCUCCUUCAAACCCUCACCACGCCAGACACAACUCUACACCGCAACCUCGGCUGGUCCACCAUCUCUCUCUCACCCCGGGACAUCUCUUCCGGCAUGCUACGCUCAACCACCUCGUCGAGCACCUACAACCUAAACGCACAAGCCUUCGACGCAACCACAACCCUAAUCACGGCUGUCCUCUCCAGUGGCGUCAACAUUCGGGAAAUCUAUGUAGACACAGUCGGCACUGCGAGCACCUACCAAUCUAGACUACAGAAGCUCUUCCCCCACAUUGCCGUCACCGUUUCGAAGAAGGCAGACUCGAUAUACCCAAUCGUGUCGGCGGCCAGCGUCUGCGCGAAGGUUACGCGCGAUGCGGCGAUUGGGGUACUCGUGCCAGAGGGCGAGGAGAUUGGGAGUGGGUAUCCGGGAGAUGAGAAGACGAAAGAGUGGCUGAGGAGGGAGAUGGAGCCCGUUUUUGGCUGGGAGGUUGGCAUGGCGAGGUUUUCUUGGGCGACCGCGAGGGAUAUGCUUGAGGGUGGGGGGAAGAAUGGUGGGGGAGGGAAGGGGGUUGAGGUGGUCUGGCCCGAGGAGGGGGAUGGCGCGGAGCAGACUCUUACCGGGCUUUGGGGGGGCGCAGCGGGGGGGAAGGGACCCGCAGGGUGGUAUGGGAGGAGUGUCCAUGGGGAGUUUUAG